AUGAACAGAAUCGAUGAAAGACGCACUACCUGUUUGGAAGAUUUGCCCAAUGAGUUAUGGGUCGAACUUUUCACCUUUUUCACUUGUUUUCAACUCAAAUCCACUUGGAUUCAGUGGCAACUGAAUGGGCGCAUCAUAGCAUUAGCUCGUGAAGCAUUGAAUCGUGUUGCCUUCGAAAUCUCAUCUAACACAGUGACGACCUACGGUGAAUGUUUCGAUUAUUUUGAGCACCAACAUUCGCGAAUGGCUCAUCGGAUAAAGUCGCUUGUCUUCGAUGAAUGGGUGAUUUCAUGUGAACUGACUUCACGAUGGUUGAAAUCAGGAUCCUCGUUUUUGCCACACCUUCGCCAAUUGAUUGUCUUCACUGAUUUCACUAGUCAAUAUGUUCUGUCGAAUAUUACUUCAUUGAUUCUUCUAAGUGCAUCGUCUUUGCGUCGUCUUGUACUUGUCUUCAAUCUACCACAUACCAAUUACGGUGCUGUGCUAUCGCAGCUUGUUACACAUCGUAUCUCUUUGCAUACAAUGGAAUUGAUCAUUGAGAAUGAGAUUCAGAGCUUCUAUAAUCCUGAUUUCGAUUUGAACACGUUGUGCACCCGUCUUAAUCAUUGGUCGAUAUUUCCUCGCACUAUUCGUUUACGUCUCUCAUUGCAACAUAUAUUUGAAUUGGCAUUGUUAGUUCAAUCUGACGCUUUACCGCGUGUUCAAGAUUUACAUAUCACAUUAGAAGAUAAAGUUGGUUAUCUGUUCGAUUGGCCAAUUCACCGAAAAAUAUCACCGAGUUUCACAUUGUGUCCAAACGAUCUCCGUCCAUCUCAAGCAGAUCUGCCAGAAUUACGCACACUACAUUUACAAAACAUAUCCAUGAAUGAUGUUCUUCUCUUAACCCUAGGACGCUUUUUGUGGGUCCAGCAGCGGUCACUGCACUUAUUUUACUUGUUUCUAUAUCAAUAG